AUGGGUCAAGAAGACCAGGUCGUAUCCGGCGUUGGCCGCUUUCUCCAAUGCAAGCCAGAAAACACCGCCGAACUUAGUGUUAGCGGACACAAUAAAUCCUUACUUGUGUACGAAAUUCUUGUGUUUGCUGUUAAUUUUGCAACUCUCCUUCAAGGUUGGAGGCCUCUAAGGACCGUUAUGUUGGCCAGCUGGGACGCUGAGGAGAUAUCUCUGAUCGGUUCUACUGAAACGACCGAACUCUUGAGAGAGGAGUUGAACCACCGGGCAGUAAUUUACAUAAACCAAGACUGUCCGAUAAAGGGCAACGCCACUUUCAACGGCCGAACCGAUCAACUUCUAGCUGAUGCACUGCGUGCAUCUGCAGCCGAGGUAUCGUUUGAUCCUCCGGGAAACAUGUCGCUUUUGGACUACUGGAGAGAGCUGCAGGGAAAGCCACCAGGCGACUUGCCUGAAACUGUUCCUCCACUCGGAAGUACGGACCAUGUGCCUUUUCAGUAUAAACUAGGUGUACCGUCCAUGUAUCCUGAGUUUCGCCCGGCCUACCCUAUGUUUGAGGCGCCGUCUUAUCAUACUGAAUACGACUCGGUCGACAUGGCGAUCAAAUUCACGGAUCCCCCUUCUGCCACAGGAGAACUGCUGCCGCUGCACCGCCUGCUCGCCAAACUGAAUGUUAACCUUCUUCUCCGCUUCUCAAGUUCCCCCGUUCUCCCAAUAUCGGUAUCUACCUUGGCCUCAUCCUUAAACCGCAGUUGGGUGGAGUUUGAACACUUUGUUUGUUCUCUGCUGCCGCAUAUCCGCACACAUGGCAUCAAGUUGGACGUACGAUGGAGUGGAACCACCAAAGAUGAGGGAGACUUGAAUGGCCGUUUGGGUUUCACACCCUACCAAGUAAGUAAGAAUACAAUGGGUAAGGCCAUUGGAUGGAGGCAAAAUGCCUACGACAGCAAGAUGGACAUGGCUGAAGCAAGCGUCGAGGUUAGGAAAAGUGCUAGGUGGGGACUUAUUGUGGCUUUGAACCUUGCUCCGCUGGCAACUCGGGCAAGAUCGGGCCCAGGCUUUGACGUCUUUGUUCAUGCCAGGCCAGACGAACUUUUUCCGCAAGGAGCUUUUGUGAGGCUUGAAUCCCAGGGUGGGAGAGUCCAUGAAAAGUUUGGAACACAGCUCGAUGCAUCAAGGGGGGGGAGCACAAACGGGCGAUGA